AUGGCGCUGUCUCUAACAGACUUUGCUCUCCUCUCCUUGGAGGUUAUUGACAGUUCUUGUGUCAUACUAAUUGACAUCAUAGAUAGAAGUGAAGACCUCAGUGUAUACACAGCCUCCCUGGUGAUAUUUCUCCUCUCCUUGGAGGUUAUUGACAGUUCUUGUGUCAUACUAAUUGACAUCAUAGAUAGAAGUGAGGACCUCAGUGUAUACACGGCCUCCCUGGUGAUAUCUCUCCUCUCCUUGGAGGUUAUUGACAGUUCUUGUGUCAUACUAAUUGACAUCAUAGAUAGAAGUGAAGACCUCAGUGUAUACACGGCCUCCCUGGUGAUAUCUCUCCUCUCCUUGGAGGUUAUUGACAGUUCUUGUGUCAUACUAAUUGACAUCAUAGAUAGAAGUGAAGACCUCAGUGUAUACACGGCCUCCCUGGUGAUAUUUCUCCUCUCCUUGGAGGUUAUUGACAGUUCUUGUGUCAUACUAAUUGACAUCAUAGAUAGAAGUGAGGACCUCAGUGUAUCCACGGCCUCCCUGGUGAUAUUUCUCCUCUCCUUGGAGGUUAUUGACAGUUCUUGUGUCAUACUAAUUGACAUCAUAGAUAGAAGUGAAGACCUCAGUGUAUACACUGCCUCCCUGGUGAUAUCUCUCCUCUCCUUGGAGGUUAUUGGCAGUUCUUGUGUCAUACUAAUUGACAUCAUAGAUAGAAGUGAGGACCUCAGUGUAUACACGGCCUCCCUGGUGAUAUCUCUCCUCUUCUUGGAGGUUAUUGACAGUUCUUGUGUCAUACUAAUUGACAUCAUAGAUAGAAGUGAAGACCUCAGUGUAUACACGGCCUCCCUGGUGAUAUCUCUCCUCUCCUUGGAGGUUAUUGACAGUUCUUGUGUCAUACUAAUUGACAUCAUAGAUAGAAGUGAAGACCUCAGUGUAUACACGGCCUCCCUGGUGAUAUCUCUCCUCUCCUUGGAGGUUAUUGACAGUUCUUGUGUCAUACUUAUUGACAUCAUAGAUAGAAGUGAAGACCUCAGUGUAUACACGGCCUCCCUGGUGAUAUGUGUGAGGCCCAUUGGAAUAGGAGAAUGUCUCAGACGCAUUCUGGCCAAAUGCAUUAUUUUAGCUUUUGGCGAUGAUGCAAAACAAGCAUUAGGUACAGAUCAACUUUGUGGAGGUCUAAAAUCUGGUAUAGAAGGAGGAAUACAUUUCAUGCGAAAGCAAUAUAGUGAACAUAGUAAUACCAACAAAGAAUGGUGUAUGAUCCUGGUCAACCAGUAUGUGUUUGAGGAGAACAAGAAAGAAAUGGCGGUCAGCGAGAGAAUUUGA